CGGCGCAUUUGUCCCACAGCCGUGUUUGGCGGAAGGUACCAGGAAUUCGAGGCCUCUCGCUCCUUUUCGAGCCGGGCUAAUCAUCCAAUUGCUUCCCAGGGAUGUCUUUGUUAUAGCUUCCUCCCGCCGGUCACGGCUCCGAUUCCGAACCCCCCUCCAAUUGUUUUCCGCCCCUCGCCGUCGCAACGGCUCCUAAAUACCUUCGGAGGCCCGGACCAUCUCCGGCACGAACCUACACAGGACCAGCAAUUGGUGACGGAACAGCUCGACAAACCGUACGAUGUUACUUCACGCGAUUACUGGUCCAUGCUACGCCUUCAAUCCCCCUUGAACAAGUCCUACAUUCCGUUGGAUGCGGCUCCAAACAGGCGGGGCCUGACAGCUAUACAACCCAACCAGUUGGGGACAGAAAUCGAGAAAGAAGUUGCACGCCAGAAGAAUGGGGCAGCUCAAGAACCUGGGGAUCGCAGGAAAGGCGAGAUUUGUACAGAAAGCGGAAGUUGGGAGCAACACGGGGAUCUGUCCGCCAGCGACGGCCUUUGUUCGAAACCUAUACACCACACGCGACCCACGGACUCGAUAUCGUAUGAACAGAGAGAAAAAGACCGACGGUCCCGGCCAGAAAAUGGAUUGUCCGACCCGCGCAGGGGAAGCAAGUCGCGGGCCUGUACCCCUACCGAGUAUCUCAUCGAUACCUUGCAAAACGCACACCAAUUCUAUGGCGCCAAAAGCCGUAACUGGACGAGUAUGACAGAAUAUACCAAGCUUAUGGUGCCUUUAACCCAAAGACAACGAGACAAUUUCCAACACUUCCAUCGGCUUUCCUUGCAGGAAAUUGUGGCAGAUUAUAUACACCUGGUGGACCCCCUAUUGGAUCCAGCCAGCUCUCGCGGGGACCCCCCUGCAACAUCGGAGUGGGUUGAGGCUCUACAGUUAGUCUUCUGCGAAGAAAAUCUCAAAUACUUAGCUGCGCGCCGGUAUUCCGUCACCGAUGUGGUGGGGUGGGCAUGGGUGCUCAAGAGCGGUACGCCUUACGAGGCUAUCUUUCGAGUACUUCUUUGGGAAGCAGAUCGCAGUUCAACUCACGGUGGCUCGAUGCAAACGAUUCCCCCUUUCAUCCCGCUCCUCCUCUUGCGCCAGAGCCUGGAUACCAAGGCAUUCCGUCUUCUCUUGAUCUAUUCCUUGCACCUGAUGACUGGCCAGCCGGUUCCGACCUCAGGCAUGGCAAUGGAAGCGAUGUCUAACGAUGCAGUCUUCGACCAACAUCCUAAAAGGGGUAGCGUGAAGCCGAUGCUCGAACCUAACAUGUGCGUGACUUAUGUCGUCCGCUUGCUUCACCAUGCUCGUGAAUUGUGGCCACAGGCUCAGCUCACCAUCGCCCGUGCGUUUGCGUUCUAUCUCGACAGUCUUCAGGGUGAAGGCGACGGUGUGACGGAGCGGGUCAAUCAGUUCAUGGCCGACAAGUUCAAUACCGUGCUUCGAAUACUCUCGUUGCCCUGCAGGCAUGGUCCGUUUAAGUCUGCCUCUAUCCAGCAGCAAGCCCAGUUUGAGCUCCUCAGGGCCAUGGCUCGGCACCAGCCCGUUUUGCCGGUCACACGUCGUGGCUACCAGGGGAUCAUUGCGGUCCAAAUCGCCCACAAGAAGACAUUCGCGGAACGGCAGUCUGCGGAACUCAAAGCCGCGUCAUGGCCUCCUUGGAAGGAAGACAAAAUAGGGUUCGACGUCAAGAGAGGCGUCGAGGGCAUGAAAAGCCGCGCGAUGCGAGUGCUGUCUCAGAUGAAAGAGGCGGGCUACUCUCAAUCCCGCUGGGAAGAGGCGUCCAGUAUCCUAGCAGGCUGGGAUACGGACAAAAGCCCGACGAUUCAAACAAGGUCCUUGGUGUCUCGUCCGGAGACCCUGCAUGGGUCUUCUGGGCACUCGGAUCACCGCGCUAUCUGGGCAGCCCGGAUCCGUGCUACGAGGACGGUGCGGGAAGCAUGGGCAUGUUUCCUCUCGUACCAGGAACAGGGCCUGCCGCCACGGGGUGCCAUUUAUGCCGCCAUGGCUGAGAAGCUGGUUUUCCAACAAGAGACGGCUCACAGUAACUUCCAAACUAGCGAAGCGUUACCGGGUGAUGGCAAAGAGGUCUUCCCGGAGCCGUCUUCUAUCCGGGACUGGAUUUACGUUUCCACGGAGCCGCCCCCGUUGGAUGACUUUCUUCGAGAAAUGCUCUCGAAUGGCAUCCGACCCGGGGGAAGGUUCUUGGCCUUGCUUCUGCGUCACGCCCAAACGUUUGGCUCGGGUCUGGACUACCUCUCCUGCAGUGAGUUGACCAAUGAGCAGUUAGAAGCAUUAUGCACGGUCUCAAGACCCACAUCCUCUGCCCAGGCACGGAUUGAAAAGGCUUUGGGCGAGCUGCCUAACUAUCUAAUCUCAUCCUUCAUUACGUUCUUGUGCAGGUUUGCGAAUAUUGGGCAUAGAAGUUCAGCGCAUCCCGACACUCCUGUGGGGGAUGUGUUUCCUAUACUCCUAGGCCGUCGUGGGUCGACUCCUUCCAACUCGACCACGCUGUUCACCUACGCUAAAGACAUGAAGACAUGGGAGGACCCUCGUCACCCAAAACUCCUUGCCCACGCAGUCCAACUUGUUCAGGCCCAACGGUCCCGCUCACCCCAGAUGUGGAUCCAGAUCAUGUCGGCGCUGGUAAAGGAUCGUGUUGGGGGUCGAUAUCAUAGACUUGGACGCCAUGCCCGGCUGGUCUUUUCUUGGUACGAGGUCUUGGAGCUUACUAGCCGGAUGGAUCAGCGCCGCAUUGAGCUUAGCCUGGAAGGAUUCCAGACCCUCUGCUACGGCUUCACUCGGGUUGUGGCUGUAGGAAUCAGAAACCCGGACUCGGUGGAAGAAGGGCUGGAGGCGGUCGGCGACUUGGCCCGGCGAGGGCGACUGACCGCGUUUGGCUCCGUUUCCCCACAAUUCGCGGACAUGGUCCAAAGUGGGCUCAUCACCCUCAAGGCCCGGUUUGACGAACUGGUGUUCUUGGACCCGAAGACCUCGUCACUCUUCGAACGAAGCAGGACCUCGAUCCAACACGCCACUGCCUCUCAAGUGACGGUGCCGCCUCUGUUCCACGUCCCGUCGCCUGCCGUCCUGCAUACCUUUGUGCGGGCCCUUGGGGUUGCGGAGGACACUGAGGGUCUGCUGAGCCUACUCCGGUGGAUGCAGCAGUAUGAGCUCACGCUCAAAGAGAAGUAUGACGAAAACAUGAACGGCGAGAGGAUUAUGCGGCGGACCAUGGUCGCCAUCCGCAUGUUCUUGGAGGGAGACUGGGGAAGGUCACCCCAGGUCUUUGACGGGCCCGAAAACCUGUCCACGAAAUCCCCGCGUGAUCUGCACGGGUGGUGCCAUGAGGCUGAAGCCAGCGAUUCGUCUGAGGGAUUGACAUUCUCCGAUCCCAAUCUGCAGGAGGCGUAUGACAUCAUCGGCGCCUCCCGUGGCUGGAGCUGGCCGAGUGACGAGGAGGUUUUGGACUACAUUGCUCACGGGGAGCAGGAAUCGCAACGGGCCAGCGAUCGCUAUACGAAUACUGUACAUUAG